UUUCCCUCCCCCGUGCGCGACAAGCGGCUAGGGUUUCGCCCUCCCAUCCCAUCCCCGCUCCGCCGUCGCCUCCCACCCCCGCCGUCGCAGCCCUCGCCUCCCGCCUCCCGCCUCCCGCAUACCAUCCCCGCCGCCGUCUCUCGCCCCUCCGCCAGCCGCGUCCUUCGCGGCCGGCACUUCCACCGAGCUCCCGCGCCAGCAGAUCGACGCCGCCGGGCCCGUCCGCCCCGACUCGCCGCCGCCCAGCUCGUCCCCGGCCUCCGGCUCGCCUCCGCCCAGGUCUGUACUGCCAGGGUUACUUCCAUUUGCAUUGAAAGCUCUGUGGGUCACUUCGACGGAGUUUGUGCAAUUACCCGAACCGACUUGGCGGAACUGUGCUGUGAGGUCUGGUGUUCCUUUUCUGGUAUACGAGCCAACUGUGGGCAAGAAGUCUUCUUGAUUGAGGGAUGCCGACAAGAAAAAAAGGACCUGCAAGAAAUGCAACCGUUGAGCAUGUUAAUACGAAAACUAGUAGACAACCUGGAAGAUCCACUCAGUCGGCAGCUCCUGAUAAGAAAGUCAAUGAUCUAAUUACUUCUUCCUCCAAAAAGCAGAAACCUGCCGAAGACCCUCUGAAGAAGAACCAAGUUCUCAGCGGUGGAAGAAAAUUAACAUCUCUAUGUGAUUCUGAUACUGAAAAUGGAGUUGCUGAUGUGCCAAGUAGUAGUAUGCUUGAUCACAAGCUGUCUCAUGGAAAUGCUGACGAACCAUGUGAGAACAUAUUUUCUCAACCAUUCCACCAUCAUAAUGAAGACGGCAGUGAUGGCUUGAGCAAAGUUCCUGUGCAAUCAACAUGUGGUAAUACAAAGCGCGCAGACGAUGAGUACAGUGAAUUGGGUAGUCUUUCUCCCGAAGUGUCUGCUAUAUAUCUUGCAAUGCAGCACUCUAAGCUGGAGUGUAUUGAUGAACAAAGUCAAGAUUCUAUCUCAACAGAUGGUGGGUGCGCUGAUCCUGAUGAGGCUGAGGAGCUUGAUGAGUUUGACCCUUAUACCUUCAUAAAGGAUUUGCCUGAGUUAUCUAUGGUUGUACCCAAGUUUCGACCCGUUCUUCUUCCAAAGCAAACUCGGAGCUGCCCUAGAACCACCCUUGUCCUUGAUCUGGAUGAGACACUGGUGCAUUCUACUCUUGAGCCGUGUGAAGAUUCUGAUUUCACUUUCCCAGUUCAUUUUAAUCUCAGAGAUCACACAAUCUAUGUACGGUGCCGUCCAUAUCUGAAAGAUUUCCUGGAGAGAGUAGCCAGCAUGUUUGAGAUAAUCAUCUUCACGGCCAGUCAAAGUAUCUAUGCAGAACAACUACUUAAUGUUCUUGAUCCCAAAAGAAGGUUGUUCCGUCAUCGAGUUUAUCGUGAGUCUUGUGUCUAUGUGGAGGGCAACUACUUAAAGGAUCUAUCUGUUCUUGGGCGUGACUUGUCUCGUGUUGUCAUAGUUGACAAUUCUCCGCAGGCCUUUGGGUUCCAACUAGACAACGGCAUACCGAUUGAGAGCUGGUUCGACGACCCAAACGACAAGGAGCUCCUAGCACUGCUGCCAUUCUUGGAAAGCCUGGUUGGGGUGGAAGAUGUCCGGCCAUUCAUCGCAACCAAGUUCAACCUCCGCCAGAAGGUUGCCAGCGCGACUUCCCUUGCGAUGCACUUCUUUCCCAACGCGGAGCGUGCCAACUGAAGCGCUCCCACAGAAAACAGGCAAUCAAGUGUUCGAAAGGAUAUCUGAAAUUCAGGAUCCUUUGUUGUCGUGGUACACUCAUGUGUCAUUUAAUUUCGAACCGCCAGGCAGACAGACGGAUGUAUAAUUUGGGCUGUUGUAUGUUUCUGAAAACCGGUAACCUUGUACAAGCAGUAGCGAGCCCCAGAAGAGGGUUGUCAGUCGUGACCGUGUUGCGCGAUGGAUGCAUGCGCAGAACUGCCCAGCAUUGUAAUAGGUCAGCGGAUAUUUGUCGGAAUUUGUUGUGGUCACUGAAAGUUGUGUUGCAGCAUGUAGUUUCCAAGUAGAGUACACAAGUCAGUCGGUGAGGAUUAUAGCUGCCAAUUGAGCAUUUGAGCCUUUUCAUCCCCA